UGGAAAACCCCACUUGCCUUAACCUUGUCAGUCAGUUAAGGAGACGGUGGUUGGUUACUGCAGCUUGCAAAGACACGGUCGUAGAUUUUAAUAGGAGUACCUGAGUACAUGGGCUUCAAGUUUCAGUCCUCCAUCAACCUUACCUAAUAUCUUAUUGCUUCGUUUUACAUAUUCGUUCUCCCCUAUCGCCACUUUCCUCACUAAGCCUUCUCCUCCUCGCGCCCAUACGCUCACACGCUCACCGACUGAAUACCCAUUCUCCAUCUUAUUACUUACUUGCUACUUACCUCACUUGCCUAUUGUCCACGACCAAUCAUGUCUGGUCGCUUCGUUCGAGCGUCCAAAUAUCGACAUGUCUUCGGUAAAUCCACAAGGAAAGAAUUCUGCUACGACAAUCUUCGCAUAAGCCGAAAUGCUUGGGACACCAACCUAGUUAAGGCUAACCCAGAAUACCUGUCCGUCAAUUGGGAGGCCAGUGGUGGAGGUGCCUUCGCCGUCAUUCCCUUAAACGAGAAGGGGAAACUUCCCGAUGUAAUUCCUCUAUUCCGUGGCCAUACUGCCGCCGUUCUCGAUACCGACUGGAACCCUUUUAACGAUCGCCUAGUCGCUUCAGCUUCCGAGGAUGGCAAAGUAAUGUUAUGGCAAGUGCCUCAGGGCUUCACUCUCUUUACUGAUGCUGAGGAACCAGCCGACGUCUCCCCCGUCGCUAAGUUGACCGGUCAUGCGAGGAAGGUCGGUCAGGUCCUUUUUAAUCCCGCCGCCGAGAAUAUCCUCGCUUCCGCCUCCGGCGACUUUACGAUCAAAGUAUGGGACGUGGGUGCCGGCUCCUCCGUCCACACGCUAAAACACCCCGAUAUUGUUCAAAGCCUGUCGUGGAAUGCUAGUGGAACGAUGCUAGUUACAACCUCAAGAGAUAAGAAGCUUCGUGUAUGGGACGUACGACAGGAGCGCCCUGCUCAUGAAGGUCCAGGCCAUGAGGGAGCCAAGAAUAGUCGGACGGUAUGGCUAGGAGAACAAAACAGGUUUGCCACCACCGGUUUUUCGAGAAUGAGCGACCGACAGCUCGCCCUUUGGGAGCCCGGCAACAAUACGCCUAUUGGCGGAUAUAAGACUCUUGAUAGUAUCUCUGGUGUUUGCAUGCCUUUCUGGGAUGACGGUUGCAACUGCUUAUACCUUGCUGGAAAAGGUGACGGAAACAUCCGCUACUUUGAAUAUGAGAAUGAUAAAUUCGAAUUCCUGUCGGAGUAUAAGUCUGUAGAACCUCAGAGAGGUAUUGCUUUUGUUCCCAAGCGCGGGGUUAAUGUCCAUGAGAACGAAAUCAUGAGAGCCUACAAGACUGUCAACGACGCUUACAUAGAGCCUAUUUCCUUCACAGUGCCUAGACGGGCUGAGACAUUCCAAUCCGAUAUUUUCCCGCCGGCUUCUGGUAUCAAACCAGGAUGUAGCGCUAGUGACUGGCUCUCAGGUAAAACUGGCCUACCACCGAAGAUCGAUUUUGAGAGCAUCUACGAGGGUAAUGCUCCAGUCGAAGUCCCAGCCGACUAUAAGCCCCCUACUUCCACUCCAGCGCCAGCACCAGCCCCUGUAUCCAAGCCUGCUCCGAAAAAGGAGCCAGAGCCGGCACCGGCGCCGCCUCCCACCAUGAAGGAGCAAAACCGUUCCAUGGCAGUGAUAUCCUCGAAGUACGACGAUGGCGAAGAGGUGGAUGAUGAUGAAACCUCUAGUUUUGAAGAAAUCUCGAAGCCAGUCCAGCGUAGUUCGAUACCUGCAAAAACCGAACCAAAGCCGCCUUCCCCGACCAAGACCACAUCAGCGCUGCCUCCGAGGGCGGCACCGCCGCUCAAGUCACCUACUAAUGCACCAGCCUCGACUAUUGCCGCCCAGGGUCCUCUAUCCCCGACGGCAGGUGGCGUAGGAGUCGAGGGAUCCUUGGAGCAAAUCAAGCACUUGUUAGAAACACAGACGAAGUUGAUUAGCGUGCAAAGCCAACAAAUUAGCCACCUAACGGAGGAAGUAGAUGGUCUGAAGAAACGGGUGGGAUCUGGAUCGCAGGACCAGAGUGAACGCAUCCGACAGCUUGAGCUAGAACUGGAGGAGCUGAAGUCGUGA